AAGUGUGUUGGAGGUGGGUGGGAUGAAACAGAAACUUUAGCAGAACUUGAGGAGAACCUGCGCUCAUUCCCUCCUGCUCCACCAUGAACGCCGAGUCUCCUGCUGCAGACAAAGUCCUCGACUACGAAGGUGCGACAGCCUUCCUCGGUCAGUGGGGACGCUUCCAGCGGAACGUGCUCUUCCUCCUCUCCGUGACCGUCAUCCCCAAUGGGUUAAUCGCCAUGUCCACGGUGUUUCUGACGGACACGCCGGCGCACCGCUGCCUCCUGCCCGCGCACCUGAACCUGAGCGCAGCGUGGAGGAACAGCAGCAUUCCGCAGGAGGAGGAUGUGAGCGGCGCUCUGGUGCCCAGCAAGUGCUCCAGAUACAGACUGGAAUCUAUGCUGGAUUACUCGGAGAGAGGUUUGCUGCCCGGUGUUGAUGUUAAUCUGUCAAAUGUGCCGAAAGAGAGUUGCCUGGACGGAUGGGAGUACGACCACAGCGUGUACACCUCCACCAUCGUGUCUGAGUGGAACCUGGUGUGUGAUGAAAGUUGGAAGAAGCCCCUCACCACUUCAUUAUUUUUCUUUGGCGUUCUCACUGGCUCCUUCUUGUCAGGACAGCUAUCUGACAGAUACGGGAGGAAAGUGGUGCUGUUUGUCUCCAUCGUACUCCAGGCAGUGUCCUCAUUCAUUCAGAUUUUCUCUCAGAGCUGGACCAUGUUCUGUGUCUUGUAUUAUAUUCUCGGAGUGGAAGAAAUUGCAACAUAUCUGGUCGCAUUUGUUUUGGGAACUGAGAUUUUAGGUCCACGUGCCAGAACCAUUUUCGCUACCGCUGGGGUGUGUGUGUGCUUUGCUGUGGGCUACAUGCUUCUGCCGCUGAUUGCGUUCUUCAUCAGGGACUGGAGGAUGCUUCUCUUUGGCAUUACGUUACCAGGCUGCAUCCGUGUGGCUUUCUGGUGGUUUGUUCCAGAGUCUCCACGGUGGCUGAUCUCGCAGGGAAAACUUGAAGAAGCAGAGACCAUCAUUUUAAAUGCUGCUAAGCUGAACAACAUUGAGCCUCCAGUGGCCAUCUUUAGUCCUUUAGCGAAUGAAGCAGAUUCUAAGGACAAGAGGGCCCACAACAUCUGUGACCUGCUACGUUCUUCAAACAUCCGCUGGAUUUCUGUCAUGCUGUGGCUGAUCUGGAACACCCUUACCAUCGCCUACUUUGCCCUUUCCCUGAACACGGGAAACCUCCAUGGGAAUGCGUUCUUCAACUGUUUCCUGUCGGCCAUGGUAGAGAUGCCGGCCUACGCCUUGUCAUGGGCUAUGUUCCAUUGGUUUCCCAGACGGUGGAGUCUUUUCUCAACUCUUGUCGCAGGAGGGUUGUUUCUACUCAUCAUACAGCUUGUACCAGCAAACUUGGUUUUUCUAUCCAUCACAUUUGAGAUGAUGGGGAAAUUUUCAGUGUCGACUGCGUUUGCUGUUGCAUAUGCGUACACAGCAGAACUCUACCCAACUGUAUUGAGGAACACGUCUGUUGGCGCCUGCUCAAUGGCUUCCAGAAUAGGCAGCAUUAUUGCACCCUAUUUUGUUCAUUUAAGAACCUAUUCCGUUUCACUGCCUUACAUCCUGAUGGGGAGCCUCACAGGUCUGGCAGGGUUGCUGAGUCUCCUGCUGCCCGAGAGCUUUGGAAUGCCUCUGCCUGAAACCAUUAAUCACAUGCAGCACUUCCCUGGAUGUUGUCAGAAGGCUCCAUACAGUCUGACACCCAUUAAAGAGGAGGAAAAUACUUUUGAAGAAGCAUCUCUGGUUAGAACAUGCAGCUCUAACAUCUGAUGUGGUCACACAGCCUGUGUGCAAAUGUGUAGGUUAGGAGAAAAAAAAUCAAAAGAAUCAUCUGCUCUGAAUGCACAUGUGAAUUUCCUCCUCCAAUAGGCCAGCUGAUUCAAUUUAACGCAGAUAUUGCUUUGCCACAUCAUGAUGGAAGUACAACAGCAACAUUAUCUUGGUUUAUUACACCUCCUCUUCAUCACUGCAAUUUUUUAAAGAGCACUGGUCACUUUCAGCUGUUUAAAAAAUAGAGAUUGGUGUAUUUGUGUGACUGCAGUUAAUAGAAAUGUCUCAUACAGGUGAUAUUUAAAUUUGAGUCUUUGUGUCAAAUGUAGACCAAAUAAAAUUUUAUACAUCUGU